AAACGUAUUUUGGAGGCGUGUCGUGAUUGUAAUUGUUUAUAACUUUAAUCUAUAAUUUGGUAUUUUUGUUCAUUGCCUACGGCUUAUCCUAUAUAUUUAACCGUAGACGUAGUACUUUAAUAUACAGUGAUUACUGGUCGUUGUUAAAAAUGACUGUAAAUAGGGAGGAUAUUGAAAAACAUUUUGAUGAAACUAUUGAAAAAAUAACAAAAGACCUUCGCCACCUUAUGAGUAGAUUAUGGGAGAAUUGGUCGCACUUGGGCGUUGAUGAGAAAACUAAAUUUGCUAAUAUCAUCAAGUUACACCAAAUCGAACAAGACUUUCACAAUGAAGUUAUGACGGAGACAACAUUGAAAAUGAAACGGCUACAAGAACAAAUCGAUAGUUUAAAAGAAGAAACUGAGCAAUUAAGUAGAAGUCUGUCAAUAAACAUAGAGUUGCAGUCAAUGACAGAAGAUACCCUGCUUUAUGAGUACAAGAAAGAUUUAGAAGAUCAAAUCGCUGGUUAUAGAGAGCAAGUGAAGCAACGCAAGAUCAAAAUGGAUAGAUUGAUGGAGUGGCAACAGGACUUGAGUGAGAAACUUGGUGUAACUAUGCAACAACUUCAGAAAAUACCACUUCCAUCAGAAGAGGAUUUAGAUCAGCUAAAAAAUAACUUAGAGGUCCUGCAGGCUGAGAGAGACAGAAGGGUGGAAAGCUUUCUCUACACACAGGUUGAGAUAAAGAACAUUAUGGAAAAGUUACAAAUGAAGCCACAAAGCAAAUUUGAGCAGAUGGUUGUAUCAUCGCUGUCAGUUGACUUCAAAGUAACGGAUAUGAAUAUGGAUAGGCUUGCUAAACUUCAACAAGAUUUGCAGGAGAAAUAUGAACAAACUAAUAAUAGGGUAUUGGAGCUACGUGAACGUUUAGCAAGGUUAUGGGAAUGCCUAGAGGAAGACCAAAUUUACAGAGACAACUUCCUUCAAGCACAUCCUGGCUGCAGUCCUCCCACUGAGGCAGCUCUUAAGGAAGAACUGAAACGUUGUGAGGUGAUCAAACGGCAGAAAAUUUCUGUAUUUGUGGCCAAUACCCGCACCAAGAUAAAGUUAAUGUGGGACAACCUGAUGUACUCUCGCGAACAGCGGGAUGAGUUCCAUCAUUACCACGUCGACCAUUACACUGAAGAUAUACUGUCGUUACAUGAAAUGUACCUCGAGAAGAUUACCAAGUUCUAUGAAGAACAUAGGGAUAUUUAUGAGUUAGUGGCAACCCGUAAGGGACUUUGGCAGAAGAUGAUGGAGCUUGAGGCCCGGGCCUCUGCCCCUGGCCGCUUUAACAACCGCGGAGGGCAGCUGCUUAAAGAAGAACGGGAGAGGAAGGCCAUCGCUAGCAGCCUGCCAAAUGUGGAGGCUCAAAUUCGGGAGAAAGUCCUGAAAUACGAAGAAGAGACGGGUGUGACCUUUACCAUUGAUGGGAAACCCCUACUGGAGCUUAUGAAAGAUGACUGGGAGAAUAGAAAGGCGGAGCGUCAAAACAAAAUGUCUGCCCGCAAGCAAGCUUUGACGCCGACCACACCCAGUUUCCGGUCUUUGGCAACUUCACCCCUUGGAAAACGUAAUCGUACUGCAGCGGGACUUGCACAUACAGCCGAUAGGAACAGGCCACCGACGAAACGCCAGCUCGUUACGGGCAGUGCUACAAAAGCCACUUCCAUAUUAACAGCGAACCGCUCCGUGCUUAAGAGAUCCGCCAUUACUUCAAUCAAAAGACGUAUGAGCGGUCGGUUAGCAGCUCGCGACGAAGGCAAGGGUGAAGCGAAGCGAAAGUUGGAUUUCCUCGAUACAAACGCCAAGAACACAAAGAUUAUUGUAAAUGGCAGCAUUCUUAAACACAAGCGUACUUCACUCAGUCGCCGACGUUCUAACCGUCUAUCGGUGAAUGUCACUCAACCUACAUCUGGAGAUGACCAGCCGCUUGCAGAGUCUACUAUGCUUACGACAUACACUGAUUUUAGGGACGGCAUCCAUCUAAAACAAAUCAGUCGAAGCUCAGUGGCGCACAACGUUGAUAAAGAUAUCGUAACUAUCAAAGUUGAGACUCCCAGGACUGCACUCAAAAAUGCGGCCCAUACUCCAAGAGGCAAGGAAAACACCCCAAACCCCCCGAGUUUACUUGUCACACCCAACCGCCUAACGCGCUCAGCCACUAAGUUGAAUGUUGAUGGGUUUGCUACUCCCCGUACACCUCUUAGCUCAAAGAACAAUGUUGUUAAGAAUAUGCAUUUGAAGACGACACCGAAUAGUGUUGGACGGUCCAAGUCACAAACACAUCUGGUCAGAGUGAAGAACCUACCGCCUCUUAUUUAAUCCACUAUGGCCAUAGGUAUGUUAAUUCCUUCCAAUCCUUACCCAAAGUGGGAUUCCCUAGUCCCAUUGAGAAGUCCCAUAAGAGGGAAAUUAAAAAAAAAAAUUAUAAAUGAAAGUUGCUCCGGCAAUUUUUUUAAAAGUAUUGUUUGUGUCUAAUGUUUAAACUGUCUUUUCAAAUAUUUUUUAGAAAUUUAAAUUAGUAUAUUUAUAAACUCAAAUUUGGACUACUUUAAAAAUAUUGGUAUUCUUCUACGAGUUGCUAAAUAUUUUUUGUCAGUUAAUGCACCUAAAUUACUAGAAUAUUUUUUAUGAGAUUUAAAUUAUUAAAAUGCUAGUUUUUAAUUGGUAAUAAUUUCCGUAGGAUUAGUGGUAAAUAAAUAAAGCGGAUAGGUUUUUCUCUCCGAUCGAUGCUGGUUUUCUUAGAUGGUUGUAAGUUGGUUGUAUAUAUUUCAUUAAUUUAGAAAACCCCCGUUAUUGAAUAGCUUUACAGCGGUGCUACUAUGUAAUCCCCACAGCGAUGUCUAUCCAAUCAUUGAUCAAAUAUUCACGGUUUUGAUUCUAAUAAUAAUAAUAGUGAUAAAACCCAAUUUCAUUAAUUUCAAUAUAUGUGGCGCUGAUGUCAUAAUCAUCAUUGGGCGGUAUCGCUGUUGAAGUUACAGGGUAAGCCUGCAGAUAUUUGACAUUUUGAACAUAAAUCAGUUUUCCGGAACGGGGGGUUUUUAAUUUAGUUUAAUCUCAUUCAAUAUUUUUCUAAUCUAUGUAUUAGAAAUGUUACAUUGUUUUUGCAUUGUCGCCUUCAAAGAGACGAUCCAUAGAUUAUCAAUUACAUAGAUAUUUGACAGUAACGCAGACAGGUAUAAUGACACGUGAUUAUAUUUGAUGAUCUUAGAUAAGAAUCGGGGUAUUUUUAAAGAUGAACCUGCAUUUCAUCUAUUCCGAUAUGAUGGAUGUCUCUAUAUUUCUGAUAUAGGUAGGUUUUCAUUUAAUCUGUUUAUUAUAUUUUUGUACCUAUAACUCUGAUUCUAUACGUUAAGUCUUUUUGUAAACGCCCAUCGACUUUUGAGAUUUUUUUAUUUUAAUCAUAAAUGUUUUUAUUUUUAAGUUUUUUGACAUUUUAAUAUAGUUUUGGUAAUAGAUUGUGUGAUUUUUUCUUGGUACAUUCUCUGAUAGCAGCUUCAGUACUUAAAGCUAAGAGUAUUAAACGUUUCCAGUGUAUGUUUGUUUAUUUUUUAAUUUAGAUAUUGGUAUCGGCGCCUAAGUUGGCAAGAUUUUUGAUUGCAUUCAAAUCACAUUUCUGUUUCGAGCGAUGUUUUACUACUUCUACUGUUCUCGAGAAUAUGGAGUAGCUAAUAAAAUAAUUGCGUAUUCAAUCUUGCCAAUUUAUCUUCGGCUUAUUAAUUAUACUAGGCUUAUAAUAAUAAAAUAUCGUAAAAUAUCCAAUUCGUCCACAAAUUUUAGCCUCAUAUUUACGUUGCACCUGAAGUUUAUUUUGAUUAGUUUUAUCAAGUGCAUUCUAUGUCAUCUUUACAAUGCGUAUCUAUUUAUUAUGUUUUAUCCUUUUAUUAUCUUUAUUUAAGUGCCUCAAAAAUUAGUAGUAGCCAUGUAUUAUGCAAGUUCCGUGUAAAUAAAUUAUUUGUAAUAU